GAGCAAAAAAAAAAAAAAAACAGAGCUCCUGCCGCCACGCUAGAUUCCCAUCUGUGACGGCGCGUCGCCCUGAGAAUCGCGGAGAGACGAAGAAUUAUGAAAAUUACUUAAUUCGUUGCUUCCAAAGGGGCACGAAACUCGAACGGAUUGCAGACAAGGAAACUGCGUUAUUGAAACGCGGUACCUUUGACAAAAGAGCAUCUAUCGUUGGUCAUAGUUCAGUUUGUCUCGAAGGAACUCUCCGAAUCGAUACGAUCGUUCAACCGUACAGAUUUUAUCAGAAUUCUGUCACACGUAGAAACGUUUAGCCUCGUAUGAAAUCGUCGUUAAGAAAUAAACACAACAUCUGCGAGGUAUAUGUUUUGUUUAAACUGUCGUCGAUAUCGCGGUGAGAACGUACGACGGACGAUCGUGCGAAACGUACAUCAUUAACGCCAUAUAAAUAAUCGUACUGGCCUGUCGUCGUAUUAGCCUGUUUCAUCGAGCGGAUGCGCGUGAAAAAUAAUAUCGUCCCCAUUACGAUAUACGUAUAUGCGUGGAACAGAAAAAAAGGAAUAAACGGAUUUAAAUGGCGGGUAAUUAAAAACCAGGAAGUAAAAUCAGCCGGGGUUACAGCUCAUUAGUUUUCAGCGACGAAGAACGGUAACAGAGGCCGCGAAAACGUCCGUUGAAUGCCGGAUAUAGCAGACGCGUUAUGUCAUCGGGCGCACACAGCCGCAGAAGCACGCGUGUACGUGUCCCACGGCGGCGUUAAUUGGCCCCGCGAUGAAUAUUACAAAAUACCACAGCCUGAAAGGAGAGACACCGCUUUAAUUACAAUAUAAUGCGUGUCGGCCGAGCUCCUCGCGUGAAAGACCGAUACCUUCUGCCUCUUAUUACGCUAUUACGCGACUGCAGGCAACACCUCGCUUUCAUCAAAUUGCUUAAUAUGGAAAUCGUUCAAGAAAGUUUCAUUCUAGCCGGAUCCAUUCGGGAAGGCCGAGAUGAAGCCAAACGGCAUCAAGGAUCGCGCGAGCAUUGCCUUUAACUAUGCCGACGUUGAUGGAAGGGGAUCUUUGAGCAAACGAGAGUAUAAAAUAGCGAUGACUGUUGUCUUCGGAUGUCGCCCGAACAAAACGGAAGUGAAGCAGAUUUUUCAGUCUACCGAGAGAAUUCUGUACGGAGAGUUUGAAUCAUGGGUGUUCAAGAAGAGUAAAAAGGACGACUCAUACGUUAAUGCAGAUUUAUUAUUCGCUUUACUGGAUAAGGAUCAUAAAGGAUAUUUAAUAUUGGAUGACUUUUAUUCUGCAAGCAAGUCUGUCAACUUGAAAGUAUUACCGACAAUAUGGCAAACGAUGUUCAAAGAAUUAGAUCGUUACAGAAAAGGAUAUAUCGAUUUUUAUGAAUUUUUACGUAUAUUACCGACAACAUAAGAGGUAGUCUGACUUAGUACAAAUAUCUUAAGUAUAAAA